CGACGACCACGAUGAGUGCGUCCGUGUCGAGCCUCGAGCCGCUCUUCACGUUUGUGUCGAAUUCAUACUCGAAUAUCGAGACAAGCUUCUUCAAGAUCCCCGGCUCGGCCGUCAUCGCGCGUUAUGUCAAGUCCUCGCAUCGAGACGACCCGGGGCGGACCCUGCUCGAGGUCAUUCUCAUCAUCUUUGCCAUUCGGACGCUGCUGCAGUCGCGCACGAAGGCUGAGCCGUCUGGGAAGCACUUCAUAGAGUUUAGCGAGAAGGAAAUUGACGAGUUGGUGGACGAAUGGACACCCGAAGAACUGGCGCAGCCUCUCACCGCGGUAGAGCAGUCUGACCUCAAUGCUGUGCCCGUCAUUGCUGGGCCGGUAGGACCUAAACCUAAGCUCACCAAUGGCAAGACUGUCCUGAACCUCGCGAGCUACAACUUCGCUGGCUUGGCCGGAAAUGCAGAAAUCAAAGAGCGCUGUAUCGACAUACUGAAAAAGUAUGGUCUUGGCAGUUGUGGCCCUCCCGGUUUCUACGGCACUCAGGACGUCCAUAUCCAGCUGGAGCAAGACAUCGCUGACUUCCUGGGUACGGAGGCUGCGAUCAUUUACUCGCAGGCGUUCUCGACCAUCAGCUCCGUGAUCCCAGCCUUCUGCAAGCGUGGCGACGUGAUUGUUGCCGACCGCGGCGUGAACUUUGCCAUUCAGAAGGGUUUACAGAUCUCCCGGUGCACCAUUCGCUGGUACGAUCACAGUGACAUGGCAAGCCUUGAGAAAGUGCUUGAGAGCGUAGAGAAGGAGCGCCGGAAGAAAAAGAUGCCCCUCACACGGCGGUUCAUUGUCACGGAGGGCAUUUUUGAUCACGAUGGUGCCAUGUCUGACCUGCCGAAGCUGGUGGAACUUAAGCUUAAGUACAAAUACCGACUGAUCCUCGACGAGAGCGUGUCGUUUGGCAGCGUCGGUCGCACUGGGCGCGGCCUGACUGAGUUGUACAACGUACCGGCCUCUCAAGUGGACAUGCUAGUAGGAUCUAUGGCAAACGGGCUCACAUCUGCUGGUGGUUUCUGCGCAGGCUCGCACACCGUGGUCAAGCAUCAGCGCAUCAAUGCGCCCUCAGUUGUAUUCUCCGCUGCCCUCCCCGCGCUGCUGGCUGCCGCUGCGUCCGAGGGCAUCAACAUCAUGCGCAACACGCCGUCCAUCUUGAGCAUGCUGCAGGAGAACGUCCGUGCCGUACGCGCCAUCCUCGACAAGGUAGACUGUAUCGCCAUACCGUCGCACCCCGCCAGUGCAAUCAUUCACAUCAAUGUGCGCUCCUCGUCGACUGUCAUGCCGAUAGCACCCAUGUCGCCUACGUCGCCCAUUUCACCUGCGUCGCCCAUGUCGCCGCUGUCCCCGUCUACCGCGAAGCUGUCAAACCCAGUGUCAGUACGCCAACGCGGCGCGCCGCACUUCGAUAUGGAGGCAGAGGAGCGACUACUGCAAGAGGUCGUCGAGGAUACGCUCGCGCAGGGUGUGAUGGUGACGCGCGCCAAACGGCUGCACGGACAGGAGAUGAUCGAAGUACGCCCGAGCAUCCGGCUUGCGAUCAGUGCAGCGAUGUCGCGCAAGGAUUGUGAGAAGGCGGCGAAUGUGCUCAAAGCAUCCUGCAUCAAGGUACUGAGCAAGCGCCGGUAAGAUUUAGUCCAGGCUGUAAUCUGUGUUAUUUCUGUUCUGGGGCGGUGAUGGCAUAGCCAUUGCUUAUUGUUAUACCCUCAUAAUGUUUGUGUAAUAGACUUGAUGUCAUUUUUGA